CCCCGAUUCUCUUAAUAUAUCCUUCUUUUUUCAUAUCAAUCUCUGUUCAACCUAGAACCUAUCGAGGAUAGUAUAUUCUACAUGUGUUCUAUUUAUGCCUCCCAGCCAUCGGAAUAGCUGCUGGGAUUUUACUCUGUAACUUGGCUGUCAGCUUAAAAGGAGUACAGAAGUGUACCUCCUGCCCUGGGACUUUCUAGAGGAACACCCUAGUCCGAGCUACAGCUAAUCACCCGUGGCCAAGUCAACUCUUGUCCCCGCUCACACGCCAAUCGACUCUUGCGUCUUGCUUUUCGCGCCCAAUCCUGACCCAUGUGAGCUUCCAAUCCGAUCUUCGCCGAGUCUUGAUUUGCUGCGGCCUUCGCUUCACUAUCAACCCAACCAUCCUGUCACUCUGCCCUACGGACCCUUUUCUGUGACUUGCCCCUCCGUUCGCUGCUCUGCCCAACCGCUGCACCUCUUCUGCACGUUGAUGCCAUCGACCCCAGCCUCCCUGAUCGUACAUCACUUUUCUUCUUCUAUAACACCACCAUCAUAUCAUUGAUUCCAACUCUUCGUCUCUUUUCGUCCACUCCGAUCGGACCUAACCGCUGAUCUUGCUCUCUGGGGGUAACCUUUUCCGGGAUCAAUCAUCUUAGGCAUUCGCUCUUUGCCUGGUCUUUUUUUUGAAGUCCCCGGUCACUGGAUUUUUCUUUUAAUACAGUGGCUGCAGCUGCUCCCCUGAAUCUUCCAUCUUGUCUUACUCCUCCUAUACCUCAUAUCACAUAUACCGCACCCACGACUUUCAAAAGUCUUGCCUGUUGGGGAAUUCUCCCCGACUAACGGAACCUUAUUGACUAGAGCUUUACACCGCUCCCUCGCCCUUACCUGUCGAUCGCGCAAGCUCUCUGAUGAGUGAUCUUCCUCCAACGCCAGUCGUCUACGACUAUCGCUAGCGAUGGCGCCGCUCGGCCAGACGAUCGCCGUGAUUGACAAGUCCGGCAAGGUCGUCAGUACGAGUAAACAACUUUUUGGAGUCUUCAACCAAGCCAAGGCCGCUUAUAAGGAGCGCAAGGCCCACUUUAACUCGGAGCGAAAUGCCAAGAUCGCAGAGCAACAGGCUCUCCAGGCUUUGGCGACUUACCAGAUCGAUGACUCGCCGUCGGUAGCCUCCCGCCGCAGUCACCGUAGCCGGUCACGCCAUCAUUCGAGUCGCAGCCAGCAUCACCCAAGCAAGUCGCACUAUGAACAGGACCUUCAUUCCGCGACGGGGAGACCCGAGUCUCACUAUGGACAUGGCGAGGGUCUUCCCCGCCGACAUACCCACCAUGAACUGACUACGGUCCAGGAACCGGCCCGUCCAAUGACAGCCCGAUCCAAAUCAGAUGCUCAUAUCGAUAUGGACUUGGCAUAUGGCGAAGCUCAUCCUAAGGCUCUGUCGAGGUACAGCCCACCGGAACUCAACAUCGAUGAUCAGAAGCAACUCGAUGGCCUGGUGAGCCGUGCUCAGUGGCUUCUCGAGGAGGCUCAUUGUGUACAGCACAGUGCUACCGCCACCAUCUCUCACCUGCAAAAGAACCCAGACGCCAUGGCCGCAGUCGCCCUCACUUUGGCGGAGAUCAGUAAUUUGGCCGGCAAAAUGGCACCCGCAGCCCUUUCUGCCUUUAAGACGGCCGCGCCAACCGUUUUCGCUCUUUUGUCCAGCCCGCAAUUCCUUAUUGCCGCUGGACUGGGGCUUGGCGUGACGGUGGUCAUGUUCGGCGGCUACAAGAUCAUCAAAAAGAUCCAGUCAGGCAAUGCAGAGAAAGCAAUAGAGGAAGAAGAGCCUAUCGUGAUGGAGGACAUGAUGGAACUCAACAUGGAAUCGGAGAGUCGGGUCGAAAUGUGGCGGCGCGGUGUGGCUGACAUUGAAGCGGAAAGUGUCGGUACCUCUGUCGACGGCGAGUUUAUCACUCCUCGAGCAGCAGCCAUGUCCGGUAUCGACGUCACGACCGCACGCGCACAACGAGACCCUCGAUUCAAAUUCGACGACGAUGGUUCCGUCGCCUCGUCUCGUCGCUCGCGCCGAUCACGCACCUCCCGCGCCCAUACGACAGCCGAAUCUCGCAGUGGCCGCUCCAGGAGAGAGCCCGAGCCCGUUCCCGCUUCGAAAGCUCCGCCUAGUUUCUUCGUUCGAUCUUCCAAGGCUCCGACAAAGGCACCCAGUCGCGCUCCGAGUCGUGCACCAAGCAAAGCACCAAGCAAAGCGCCUUCCAAGGCUGGUUCGACUGUCUCGGAAAAGGAGAAGCGGCCAAUGGAGAAGAAGAAGAAGAAGGGCCCGAGUCGCUUGCGAAUGAUGUUUACCCCAUAAUUACCAGACCGACAGUUUGCACAUUACACAUCUACGCCGUACACGAAACGAAACGAAACAACGACCUUUAUACUGACCAACGAUACACGAGCUCCCUGGCAUAUGUGUAUAUAUCGUCAGUUCACACUGUACAAUUGCAGAGGACUACAAUGCCUGGGGUACAUACUCUACCAUGACAUAUCUCCUGCGACUCUGAUGAUGACGUCCUAACAACGACGUCUCCACUUCGACUUUUCUCUCAAUGUCUACUAUUUGAACAAACCAUUGGAAUUAUUCUGUGUUUGCGUUUGGGAUAUUGCAAGCAUGUUUCGGAGUUAUACUAGCAUUGCUCUUUUGUCGGUUACAACGGCGCUCGGUGAAACAUUUGUAUCCAUUUGUUCCUUACUCUUCUCUAGAGCAAAAAAAUUACACCAUCUCCGAGUAUUUUCCAACCACUCACUCAAUUCAAACUCGUCGUAUAUCAUAAUGAAAAUCUCCCCCUCUACUCAAACGUC